GUCGCCCGGGAAGGAGCGGGCCGAGCCCCCGGGGCUCUGCCGGGGUAGGGUGCGUCAAGCCCCGCUGUCCUUCGCUGAGCCUAUUGCGGAGUCCGCUGGCCUCACCGGCUCGGGGUGGGCGGUGGUCGUCGUCGCUUUGGUUCUCCGCGCUGCCCCAGGAGGGGUUGGGCGGCGGCUGUGGGGACAGAAGCUUCAAGAAACUCAUAUAAGCACGUGAGAGAAGAUGACAAGAUCUAGGUCAAGAUCACCACGAUGGAAACCAAGGUCCUUAUCUCCAGCAUUUAGGAGUCCAGAGCACCAUAGACAAAGGCAUGCUUAUAUUAAUUAUGACUGUGAAUAUAAAAAUUUUCGUAAGGACCCAAAGAAACCUAUCCCUUGGAGAAUAGAAGAUGAAAAAUAUGGACAAAGCAAUUCCAGGUUUGCACCUCAUGGAAAUAACCAUCAGAGAAUAUAUGAACAUAGGUCACCUUCACCACACCUCAAGAGAAUUCCCAUGGAAGAUAAUUACAGCCGUAAGCCCUACAGAACACAUUCAUCUGAAAGAACUGAAAGCAAUAGGAGAUGCCAGUUACCACCAAAAUACUCAGAAAUAUCAUAUAGAGAGCACGAUCGUCCAUUUCAUAAACACAGAAUGGAAAACAGAUACAUGUUUGAGCACUACAAAGUUACUGGAAAUGAAAAAGGAAUGAAACCUUUUCAUAGACCUUUAGGGGCUUCAUGUAAACUCGAAAGAAAAUGGCAUGAAGAUGACUUGAGGCACCAGAGGUUACAUGAAGAGAAGUAUGGUCAGUCACCCAGAAGAAUUUCUGAUGAAUUUACGGCAAGGAGCUCUUUACAGAAGAGGUAUCCUGAAGAUCACGAUUACAGAGAGUAUGGGCACACGUCUAAAAGGGCUAAAGAAAUGGAGAGGUAUGACGGUGGAGAAGUAGCAAGAAAUUCCAAGUGGAAGCGAGAACCUUCUUUUCCACCCUACCAAGAAAAGGAGGAGCAAAGAAAUCUGGGUACCCAGUCCCACCGGUCGGCCGAAAGGGAAUACUUGGAGGGUCCUGCUGCAAAGCUGGCUUAUGAAUAUAGUCACAAACGGCGCAGGCAUCCUGAGGGGGAAAAGCCUUUUUCAGAGGAUAGAGCUCAGAAGUACGUAAAGCAGGAAGACCAGAAAUAUGGUUCUUCUAAGGGGGCCCGGAAUAGCAAAGAGUUAGAUUACUUUAGCAGUGGAAGAGCGAGACGGACUGAUGAAGGGCACGUCGAAGUACCUGUUAAAUAUAGUUCAAAGAAGGGCUGCAAUGCUUGUGCUAACUCUUCUGAAAUGGAUGUUGAUCUGAGAUCUUUUAAAAGCAAACCGAAGGAAAGAGUAAGGAAAGAAGGGGAAAUGAGGAAAAAAGUAGAUUCCUCCGAUAGCCAGCAUGAUGCAAGUCAUACUGUUGCAGAUGUGAAAAUGUCAGAUGUGAACUGUAGGAGGGAAUGUCUCACAAUCAAAGUGAAUAUGAAGAAAAUGGUGACCAAGUACAGGACUGCUGCUAGUCAUACUACAGAAAGACAGAUGUCCCAUGAUCUGGUUGCUGUUGGGAAGAAAACCGAAAAUUUUCAUCCGGUGUUUGAGCACAUGGAAUCUGUAACACCAAAUGUUGAAAAAGACCCAUCAAGAGAAUUUACUCAGGAAAUAAUCACAAUUAUCCAUCAAGUUAAAGCAAACUAUUUUACAACUUCUGACAUAACUUUACAUGAACGGUUCUCAAAAAUUCAAGAUAAACCAAUUGCAAAUACAAAUGAAGUUAAAACAUGUUUGGAUCCAGAAAUUCACAGGAGGAUUGACAUGUCUCUAGCAGAACUUCAGAACAAACGAACUGUGCCACCUGAAUCUCCCCAGAACAUUGUGAGAGCCUUAGAAGAUCCAAAUGAUCUACGGCAUGAUAUAGAAAGGAGAAGAAAAGAGAGAUUGAAGAAUGAAGAUGAGAGAGGGUUUCAUGUAGAUGGUGUAAUUCCAAGGUACCAGCAAAGCUGCAGUACAAAAUUACAAAACUCUACACUUGAUAGCUUCCAAAAGCCUAUGAGGUUCAUUAAGCCACCUUUCAGGAAAUUUAUUGGGAAACCUCACUUGAAUUCUUACUAUUCUCCAAACCCAAGUGAUACUUAUCCUCACAGACGUAUUAAAGGACAUCUUGAAAAUGCAGGACCCAUCAGAAGACACUUUAAGAGCAACUUUACAGAUGGCCGUUUGCAGUCCCAUUAUAUAUCAGGCUUAGUGCAGAAGGGUUUAUACAUUCAGGCUAAGUACCAGCGGUUACGUUCUGUUGGUGUGAGGGGAUUUACUGCUAAUAAAUUCAGAGGUGAAUUUUUGAGGAAAGAAAAGGGAAAUUUGAGUAUUGCAGCAGAAACCUGAACUGAGCUGUGAUCCUGAAGUUGAAACAGAUAACACAGCAAAGGGAACAUCUGUUAAUUUUUUGACAACUUUGUCAAGACUUAAAAUACAAUAAAGGAACUAACCCUGUAACUUUCUUGAUUAAAAUAACUAUUUUUCAGUAGUAGAAUGCUGCACAACUUUUUUACAGUUUUAAUAAUUACUUCUAAAGUGCAGUAUUCAAUUUAAAUAUUGUAGUAUGUACCUUUAGUUCCUUUUGCAUACUGGUCUCAAGUAAAGAAGUCAUUGGAGGGAGUCUUAUUUAUUGAAUACUUUUUCUCUAAGCAUGAUGUUACAGAUGGAACCUGAGUAGUUACACACAGAAAUUUAUAUGUUGAAAGUUUAUUGCUUAUGUAAUAAAAAAAAAAAGUAAAAAAAAAAAGUGCCUGAAUUGUUUGGUAAUAGCACAUUAGCUCAGGAUUUUCUAAGUAAUGACCUUUUAGGUUGUGCAAUAGAUUUUACACCUCUGUUCAGUCAUUUCUUUAAAACGGUAUUUUGUAUUAUUUUGUUGAAUAAUAUAGCUAGACUUCUGUAUAUACAAUGUAAAAUGUUAGAAUGUUGGGACAACUUUCAGUAUUUGAUGAAAAUGAAUGGUAACAGGCAGGUAUGUACUGUGCUAAGCAGUAGCUUAUAACUGCACUGAAAGCAUGCUUGGAUUUGUUAGAGGAUUAGUUGGUCUGUACUCAAAACUACUCUGUCUCAUGUUUUUUGGUGUGUGACAUUCUUGCCCAAGCCACAUGUUCUUUAAUCUUUUCCAUCAUAAAUGACUUGGUGAUUUCCUGGAUUCUGAAAUUGGGCCUGAAGUAUUUAAUUACAAGAAAAACAAAAAACGAUACUACUGUUUGCUUAAGCUUCCUGCUGUGUCCUUAUUAAAGCCUGGAACAGAACUCAUUGAGCAAAUGGGAAAAGUGGAGAUAUAUGAAGAAACGCCUGACAUGGCAGUUUUGCUGACACUGUUUGGAAGUAAUGCUGAAGUGGUCAGACUUUGAAUCAGUUAAUGCUGCUUUAGCCAGGUUUAAAAGUAUGACUGGCUGCUCUGAUUUUGUGCUUUCUUGUUUUACCUGUGCCUGACUAGGUAUCUCCAAUUUGGUUUUGUACUUUACACUUAAGCUUUUUUAUUUCUUUAGCUGUGAGCAACAUGUUACAAAUAAGGGGCUUUGACAUGUUAGCUGCCUUCUUUUUAUUCCCCUUGCCCAUCCUUUGUCCCAAGGUGAACGUCAGAGGAUGAAAUGUAGUCACUGUUCAAGUUCCUUUGAUUUUAUUUAAGGUGAUACCAUUUGCUCAAAUCACAUUCUUUACUGAUAGCUUCACUACUUUGGGAUUCUGUCCUGAUAAAACUUACUGUAUUUUGUAAAAUUCUUACAGAAACUGAAUUCUGUGGCUGGGUUAGGUGCUAGAGGCAUCUGCUCAGUGCUGUAAUGUUGU